CUACUUUGUGUUCUUUCAUUCCUAUCAACCAAGCUUGUUUAAUUUGCUUCAGAAUUUAAGGAAGAAAUUACAGCUGGAAAAUGUAUAAGCUUUUAAACCUAUAGAUCCUUCUGACUUUAGAACUAGCUGUUAUUUCGCCAGGAAAGCAUGAAUGAAGAUGUUGAACCAUGUUAAAAAUCUUGUCAAGAUUGUGGAUUGUUCCACACAGAACUGAGAUGUGGCUUCUGAUUCUGGUGGCGUGUUUUUUCCGAAGAAAUUUGAAUUCAGGACUUAUGCCAACUAAAAAUGUGGACCCAGAAGCAUUCAUGAAUAUUAGCGAAAUCAUCCAACAUCAAGGCUAUCCCUGUGAGGAGUAUGAAGUCACAACAAAAGAUGGGUAUAUCCUUUCUGUUAACAGAAUUCCUCAAGGCCUAAUGCAACUUAAGGCAGGUCCCAGGCCUGUGGUGUUACUGCAGCAUGGCUUGUUUGGAGAUGCUAGCAACUGGAUUUCCAACGUGCCCAACAACAGCCUGGGCUUCAUUCUGGCAGAUGCUGGUUUCGAUGUGUGGCUGGGGAACAGCAGGGGAAGCCACUGGUCUCGGAAACACAAGACCCUCUCUGUAGACCAAGAUGAGUUCUGGGCUUUCAGUUUUGAUGAGAUGGCUAGGUUUGACCUUCCUGCAGUCAUAAACUUUAUUUUGCAGAAAACGGGCCAGGAAAAGAUCUAUUAUAUCGGCUAUUCACAAGGCACCACCAUGGGCUUUGUUGCAUUUUCCACCAUGCCAGAGCUGGCUCAGAAAAUAAAACUGUAUUUCGCCUUAGCACCCAUAGCUACUAUUAAAUACUCAAAAGGCCCUGCGAUCAAAUUUUUGUUGCUACCUGAUAUGAUGCUUAAGGGAUUGUUUGGCAGGAAAGAAUUUCUAUACCAGACCAGAUUUCUUCGCCAGUUUUAUAUUUACCUUUGUGGCCAGAUGAUUAUUGAUCAGAUUUGUAGUAGUAUCAUUUUACUUUCAGGAGGAUUUAACAUGAACAAUCUGAACAUGAGCCGAGCCAAUGUAUAUGUCGCUCAUAGUCUUUCUGGAACAUCUGUGCAAAAUAUCUUACACUGGAGCCAGGCAAUGAAUUCUGGGGAACUCCGGGCAUUUGACUGGGGGAGCGAGACCAAAAAUCUGGAGAAAGGCAAUCAUCCAACUCCUGUAAGGUACAGAGUUAGAGACAUGACAGUCCCGACAGCAAUGUGGACUGGAGGUCAGGACUGGCUUUCAAAUCCAGAGGACGUGAAAACGCUGCUCUAUGAAAUGGACAAUCUCAUCUACCAUAAGAACAUUCCCGAAUGGGCACACGUUGAUUUCAUCUGGGGUUUGGAUGCUCCUCGCCGUGUGUACAAUGAGAUCAUACAUCUGAUGAAGCAGGAGGAGACCGGCCUCUCCCAGGAAACAUGCUGGGUCAGACUGUGAAGCAUAUGAUACAGACAAGUUUUAGGAAAACUCUCAUGGAAGAUGGG